GCAUUGCGCAUUGUCAAGAAUUGUCCUCUUUGUAGAGAAAGCAUCGUCCACCAGCCCCAGUUCUCCCAGCUGUUUAUCAUAACCAGGUUAUCCCGAUUUAUUCACUGAUACUUAUACACCGUAGUGGACUCAAUCGAUUGCUUCCGUUUGACCUUCCCCACCGCCAUUCCCGUGACACCCUUGCAUACUUAAACUUUGGCCAGCAUUCCCAUACUCACGUUGACUGCACAUACUGAUUUCGCACAGGUACCCCUUGUUUUGUUCCCCAGAUCAACUCACUAAAAAUACCUCAUACGAUGACAGAAAGUCCCAGGAAGAUUCCGUUGAAGCCUGAAAAGUCAGCGAAAACGAUAGCCAAAAAAGGCCCAUAUGCAACCAAGAAGAGUUCCAGUCGUCGAUUUAGCAUUAUGAGCAACUCUGGUUCCGACUCAGACUCAGAGUCGGACUCAGAAUCCGAGUCCUCAUAUGACGACCACAUCUACCUGAACAAGAAUAAAUCUUUUGCCAGCGCUAAGCAAAGCUCGAAUAUAAACGUGCAGGCUUCUUCUGGCUCCGAUGAAGAGUAUUCUUCAUCUUCGGAUGAUGAGAACGUCGAUUUUGUCCAGCUUACUAAACAGAGACGAUUGAAAGCAAUGAAGGCUGUUAAAAGUUUGAAACAACAAAUAAAUGAAACUACCUCUUCCAUCUCUCCAUCUCCUUCACAAUCUCCGAUGCCUGACCAGCUACUUGAGCAGGAAGAGCCUGAGUUGGACGACGAUUUGGUCGAUGCAGUUAUCGAGAGCGAAGAACGGAAAAUGAAAGGAGUAGAUGACGAUAACUCUAAUGCAAAUGCCAUUUCCAGUGUAGCUGACUAUUCAGAUGCUGAGUUAAACGGUGAUUUUGAAAGCAUGAACUUUGAUUUUUCAUUUGAAGAUACUAAUGAUGACACUGCUAAUGAUGUCAAAGGAAAACAUAGUGUACCACCUGCUAAGGACUCCAAAAAUUUACUAGACCGACUUAGAGACGAAGAUAUUGGUGAAGUUGUAGUGGAAGACACUAUCAAGGCUAGCAAUAGUGGCUCCCAAGCAGUGCUUAACAAAGUCGAUGAAAAGAAAUUAGAGAUUGAUGUUCCCAAGUUCAAUGAGAAGGAAAUCAAUUCUGAUGCAGACUACGAGUUCGAUAAUGAUGAUUUGAUUCAAACUUUGCUAAAAGAUAACGAUGACUUAGAAUUGCAAAAUCUAGACAAUAGUGAUGAUGAUUUUGAUUAUUUAAUAGCAAAUCAACAUAGGAUUGACCAGAAUGCAGUGAACAAAUCAGCGUCUAAGGAUCUGUCUUUGGAUAGUAUAAAUACAGAUGAUGCAUAUUUGAUGAAAGAAGAAACACAGGCGAUGUUGGACGAUUUCAAUAAAACAGCGAAAUCUCAAGCUUCUCUGAAAAACCGAAGAAGCAGCAUGUAUUACCAAACUCAACCCUUAAACAUCACAAACGACGAAGAGCUCGACGAUUUAGAUUUGGACUUAUUGAACAAUUUUGAACAAUUUUUACCCAAGCAACAGGCAAUGCGCAGACGAUCGUCAAUUUUGAACCAAACUCUUCUUUCUUCGUCAUCAGAUGGAGAAGAUAUCAACAUGAGUACGAACAUCAAUACUAUCAAGAGAAAUAAGAAACUUGCGAAGAAAAAGGCUAAAAAGGGGAGAAAAUUAACAAAUACAGAAUCGAGUGCUCACACGAAAGACAUUCGCAAGAUGUUGGGAAUCUCGAACGCUGACUCAAACUUCACUUCCAACUACACCUCAAAUGCUAUUGUUGAUAGUGACGAUGAUACAAAACUUUUAGAGUACAUUUUUGAAGAUUCAGAGUCAGAUAAUAUUUCUGCGUCUACCGAUAAUGUGGUCGACAAUGGAAACGAGACAGACGAGGAUGUAAAUCUACCGAAAAAGUCAGGUAAGAUUCUCGGCAGCAAACAUGCGAAGGAAAUUUUAUCUUCCAGUAAAGAUCAGUUUCGUGCACCCAAGCUAGGGACGUUCAUAACGAAGAAACCAUACAGUGUCAUUGAUGGUUUCACCACGAGGUUUUUACAGCCUCUCGUUGGAAAUCAUUCUGUAAUGCAAAAAGCAGCUGCAAUCAACAAACCAGAUACCGGUGAAUCCAGUGGGAUUGUUAACAGCAACAACCUGGCGCUUGAUGAACUUAUCAACAUCAGCGAAUUUGAUGAAGAUUAUUCGAACGUCGAACUCAAAGAAGACUUUGAUGAUUUUUUUGGAGACAAACGUAUACCGCUAACUGCUUUCCGAAACAAAGGUCUAAUAAAUAAUAAUGGCAACACGUCCACUAAUGAACUAAAUGCUUCUGCUCGAAGAUUUUCUUUCACUGAUAGAAACCAACGGAGGAAACAUCAUAAGUCUGCCAAAUCUACAACUAAGUCAGCUUCCAAACUCGUCAAGCCAUCUAAUAAACCCUAUAAAAUAAAAAAAGCAUCAUUUCAUCAGCCCCAACCAUUAGUUGGGGCUCUAGUACCAAAGUCCCCUACAUCCAUUGACACCAUUGAUUCAAGUAUCGGUAAAAUUCAUGAUCCUGCUUCUGUCGAUGAGAUGCUGUUGAUCGGCGUUGAUUCAAUACCAUUCACCGAGGAUUAUUUAGAUCCCCAUCACUCAAACUUCGAAAUCACAGCCCCGCACCAAUUUACAUCGCAGCGUAAAAGGAAAUCAAUGAGUCGCUCAUCGAAGGCCAGGAUCAGGAGGGCUAGUAUUGUUGAGGCUCAUGCUGAAGGAUUAAGACAAACAAAAAACGGAUUGUUUGAUGAAACUAUAAUGGACGAUGUUGAGGCUUUGCUAAUCGAUAUGGGUGAUGCGGAAGAAUACGGUUUUCUUUUCGGAAAUGAGGUUUGAUCGGACAUAACUCAGCUCUUUUAUUUUAUUGGUUUUCUUUU